AUGCCCAGAUUAAUCGCAAUUGUGAUUUGCCUGAUAAUUGUGGCCAUCAGUGAAACAAGCGCUCAAAGAAAUCGCAACAUUACUCUAGAUCUCGGAAAACUAUUUCGUGUGGGACUACUGACAGGCCAGGGAGGGUCCAAACUGGGCCUCAAUGUACUGAACGGCUUGAGUAAUGUGGAGAUCGAUCGGCAAAAGUACCCGACAGUGGGCGGCGGCACCGGUGUUAGCCAUAGCAUCAAUGUUAAUCGACCCGUCACUCUACUCGGCGUACAGCAAAAGCUCCGUGAUAAAAUUAGACAAGAUGUCCAGGUGCUCGCCACCGUACUAGCUCCACCAAGACGGGAUUUAUAA